AUGGAUUUAAGGAAAUUCGGUGGAAAAACCAAUGGGAGCGAAAAUAGUUGGGAGUUCGAGGAUUUGAAUUCCUCCAAUAGUGGCUCCCGCCUGCAAACUGAUAAAACUUACGUACGCAGGAAUUUGCAUACGGACAGGCCGAAUAAAAGAUUACAAUACACUCCCUCGGACAGAUCUAAGCAAAUUCCAUGGGAAAAUGAGCGCAGAUAUCUUACGCCAGAAGGCCAGUUAAGGACAAACAAGAGACAAAGGGAUGUCGAGGAGCCUACGGGAGAAUUUUCCCAGCAACGAUAUGAGGCUAAUCAGGAGGUUUUCAAGGCCUUCACUCCAAUACCCGAGAUCGAGGAUAAAUUGUACGAAGUUCCUCGCAAAAAGACGUUUAUUAAGAAGAGGCCGAAAAAAUUUUGUGUUGAUCCGAAAGGCAAAGUAAUAACGAUGGAUUCGCCAGCCAGAUCUACUGAAAAUCUAGAAUCACCAGUCUUUGUCGAUCAAUUGGACUUGAUCAAAAAUUUAAAAUCUAAUCCAAAAAUCGGAUUUUACUAUAUGAUUUACGCAGUUGAUCGUUCAUCGGAAUUUUUCAAUCCAUAUGCACUCAAAGUAGUACCAUAUAAACAAAUUGAUAAAAUUUACAUGACGUUUGGUGCUAAUGGAAUUACGCAAUACAAUCCACCCGAAAUGAACUUUACGCCUAUUGACCUAUGGGAACAAGAAUAUAAAUUAUAUGUUAUUCUUACCAAGAUUAAGACUUUCAAAAUUUAUCGAAAAUGGAAAACCAUUUACGUUUGGAAGAAAGUUAUAUUUUAUAUGAAAAUAAAGCGUGCCAUGAAUAAUAUAAAAAGAAAUCUAUUUUUCUGUGAUUCGAAAUUGUAUGAAACCAUAUUAGAGAUUAAAAAACUUAGCAGUAUUUUUCUCAAUUUAUCUUUUAUUGAUACAAAGAUAAAACAACAAAUGAAGCUUUUUCAGUUCACUGAAAUACAACUUGCUAGACUCGAAUUAGUUUUUCAUAAACUUCUAACAUUUCGACAUACAUCCGCGACUAUUCUACACAAUAUUUGUCUAAAAUCGUUUUUGAAUGCUGGAUUUACACCGAACGAUACGAACCUAAGAAUUGAGCAAACCGUAUAUGGAAAUUUAAGUGAUAAAGCUCAAAUACCAAAAAAUGUUGAACUGAAAAUGAGUUACACUGAGCAAGCAAGAAAAAAAGCACAAUGUUAUAGAUUUUCUAGCUUUAUUUACCUGCAUGAUUAUUAUCAAUUGAGCAUGAUGCAGAAUCUUUUACGCAAUACUUAUAAUGAUUUUCUUGAAAUUCUCGAAAUACAUACGGAAUCCUUGCCAACCGAAGAUGACUUGAAGCACUUAAACGCCGAUUAUUCAUUUACAUAUAGAAAUCCGGCAACCGAUUCAAUAAAAUCACCUUACUUUCGAGUAGAUUUAUUAAUCAAUUCAGAACUUGGUAUCGUAUUGGAUCCAAUGGAAAAUAUUUUUGGGUAUGUUUUAUCAACGAUGCAAUCAUUGUGGGAAGAACAUUUGCGUGCAAUUAAUCCAUUAUAUUCCGAUGAAUUAUUUUAUGCAUUCACGAGACCUAUGAUCAAUAAUAAAGUAGAGGUCCCAUCUUACGGCAUUUCGCCAAAUAUUCAAGAUAUUAUGAAGGAAGACCCGAUCCUGAUAAGCUUGAAGAAUCGAUUUGAAAAUAUAUUUGAAAAGAACUUUUACAUGAUUAAGAAAUAUUGCGAGCAUUUUAAGCAUAUUUACGAUUUCUAUAUAGAAGAUAUGAAUUUCGAUGAGAAGCUGAUUUACGAGAAUAAGUCAACCGAUGUUUUUCGUAACUUAUGCGAGCGUUAUCGUACCGAAGAAAGAGAGAUAAAAAAUAUUGUCGAUUUUCAACCUUUUGGCAUUUUUUAUCUCGAAUUUCAGAGAUUCAAGAGUUCUGCAUUACCAGCGCCAAAUUUGAAACAAGAUAUUCUUAUUAAUUUUUUGCCUGAUCUUGGUAAAGAAAAAGUGGACAGUCUCAUGACCGAAGCAAGAGAAUCCAUUGAUUAUUUAAAUAUUAAGCCGGUAACUACGGAAGAAUACGUGGAGUAUAUAAAAUUUAUAGAUCGAUCGUCGCAAAAAGUCGAUAAAAUGGAAUCGAUGCUGGAUUACGUGAAGGAAUUGUAUGAUAUCAUGGAAGAAUAUAAGAUUCCUAUACCGCCGGACGAUAUGAAAAAUUACUUGGAAAUUAGCGUCUAUUUUACUUCAUUACGACUUUCAGUCGAUAAAUGUCUCGAGGAGAGAGACAAAUUAAUUACCAGUUUUAAUAAACAAUUGCAGAAGGAUAUAAAUAUUCUAAUCGAUAAUAUUCAAGUAAUAAAUGACAAAGUUUCGAAACCAUGGCUUCUCGACUCCAAUAGUAAUGUGAAUGACUGUCUGGAGGUGUUGAAAGAUCUCAAUAAUCGCAUGAUACAUUGCUCGAGCCUCGCAAAUAUCUACAAUUUUCAUCAGAAAAUAUUCGAUCUCCAGUUGACGCGUUUUGAAAUAUUGGAGCAAGUCGUUAAUGACGUGAAAUUACGAAUGCUUAUGUGGGACAGUUUGGAUAAGUGGGAUAAGGCAUUUACCGAAUGGUAUGCGGCUGAUUUCAAUACCCUGAGUGUCGAGGACAUCAAUAACUUUGUUAUGAAAAAUAUAAACAAUAUCAUUCAAAUCGAGAAGGGCUUGGUCUCCAAUAAUAUACUUUUAGAGCUUAAAGAAAAAGUUGAAAUGAUGAAAGAUAAAAUGCCGAUAAUCGCGUCUCUUCGCAACCCUAACCUUCAAAGUCGCCACUGGUUAAAAAUCGAAAAGCUUCUGAAUUAUAAAUUUGUGCCCGAGGAAGUGAUGACGUUGCAGUCGUUCCAGCAGCUUGGCGCUUUCGGUUAUACCACGGAACUCACGGAAAUCGCGAAUGCGGCAAGCUCGGAGGCUGGACUCGAAUUUUUGCUGAAUAAGAUCGAGGCGGGAUGGAAAACAAUAGACUUUAUUGUGUUACCGCAUAAAGACAUGAAAGAUGUGUAUGUGUUGGGCUCACUGGAAGAAAUUCAAGCAACCCUCGACGACAGUAAUAUAAACAUACAAACGAUCGCCUCAUCGAGACACGUAGGAUUUAUUCAAUCCAAAGUCGACGAUUGGCUAAGGCGAUUGGAUCUCUUUGCAAAAACUUUAGAAGCGUGGCAAUAUUGUCAACAACAGUGGGUAUAUCUGGAAGCCAUAUUUUCCGCUCCGGACAUACAGAGGCAACUGCCCAUCGAGUCAAAAUUGUUCAACAUUGUGGACAAAUCUUGGAAAGAUAUUAUGAGAAAAACUGAAAAGAUGCCCUUGGCUUUAGAAAACUGCACACAGCCAACAUUAUACGAGCAAUUGAUUUUCAAUAAUACAAAUCUCGAUAAAAUAUUGAAAUGCCUCGAGGCGUAUUUGGAAGUGAAGCGAAUAGCUUUUCCUCGAUUUUUUUUCUUAUCCAACGAUGAACUCCUCGAAAUCUUGGCGCAGACGAGAAAUCCCCACGCGGUACAAAGGCAUCUCCAAAAGUGCUUCGACGCUAUUUUCCGGCUGGAAUUCGGAUCGAUGAACAGCAACUGGCAAGGCGAUCAACAAAGUGAGACGAAACUUACAAACGAUAUAAUAGCGAUGAUAUCGCCGGAGGGCGAGCGGGUGAAGCUCAGCAUGGGUCUGAAAGCUCGAGGCAACGUCGAGAAUUGGCUGGGCAAAGUCGAGGCCUCCAUGUUCCAGAGUCUCAAGAAGAAAAUGAUGGCGGCACUGGAGGAGUACCGAAAAAACGGCAGGGAGGCGUUGAUUUGGGGUUAUCCCUCUCAGAUUGUUUUAACUGUAUCGCAAAUAUAUUGGGCUCAAUACGUGCACGAGUGUUUGCAUGAUAAGAUAAAAGCCAUAGGGAAAAUGAAAAAUUUCGAACAAAAGUGCUUCGAGGACUUGAACAAAUUAGCAGCAAUGGUUCGCGGAGAAUUGCCAAAGCUUGUGCGCGACAUUAUCAUUAAUCUUAUAACCGUCGAUGUACACGCAAGAGAUAUUAUUUCAAUAUUAGUACAAAAUCAAGUAACCUCGAGCUCGAGCUUCGACUGGACGAAAACAUUGAGAUAUUAUUGGGACGAGGAGAUUGAUAAUUGCGUUGCCCGAAUGAGCAAUACCAAGUACAUUUAUGGGUACGAGUACCUCGGAGCUCAGCGACGACUCGUUAUAACUCCUCUUACGGACAAAUGCUAUCUCUGUUUGAUGGGAGCCUUGCAAUUGGAUUUAGGUGGAGCACCAGCUGGUCCUGCCGGUACAGGAAAAACCGAAACAACUAAAGAUUUGGCAAAGGCUUUGGCAGUUCAAUGCGUAGUAUUUAACUGUUCAGAAGGGCUCGAUUACAAAAUGAUGGGGCGUUUUUUCUCUGGGCUCGCAACAUCUGGCGCCUGGUGUUGCUUCGACGAGUUUAAUCGCAUUGAUAUUGAGGUACUUUCUGUCAUUGCGCAACAACUAAUCACAAUAAGAAAUGCAAAACUUGCCAAAAGCAAAGAAUUCAUGUUUGAGGGAAGAAAAAUCAAACUCGUUAGAACCUGCGCUGCUUUUAUUACGAUGAAUCCUGGCUAUGCAGGACGUACAGAACUACCGGAUAAUUUAAAAUCAUUAUUCCGUCCGAUUUCGAUGAUGGUUCCAGAUUAUAAACUUAUUGCCGAAGUUACAUUAUAUUCCGAAGGAUUUGAAUCCUCGCAGUCUUUAUCCGUAAAAAUGACGUUAAUGUACACACUUUGUAGCGAACAAUUAUCUCAACAAGAUCAUUAUGACUUCGGAAUGAGGGCAGUAAAAAGCGUAUUAGUGAUGGCAGGAAGUUUAAAAAGAGAUAAUCCUGAUAAAAAAGAAGAUGUCGUUCUUAUAAAAGCUUUAAGAGACAGUAAUUUACCGAAAUUCUUAGCCGAUGACGCCGAACUCUUCCAGGGCAUUCUAGGGGAUCUUUUCCCAGGUGUUAUUAUUCCUGCGGAAGACUAUGGCAUUCUUCAAAAAACUGCCAUUACCAUAAUGCAGGAAGCAUCGUUACAACCGGAAUACUGCUCCCUACAAAAAGUGAUACAAUUGCACGAAACCAUGAGAGUGAGACACGGCGUUAUGUUAGUCGGACCCACUGGAUCUGGAAAGUCGACUGUGCUACACACAUUGAAAAAUACGUACACACGUCUUCAUAAACUGGGAGUUUCCAAUCAAUAUUAUCAGCCUGUACACAUGUACAUUCUCAAUCCAAAAGCUGUAACGAUUGGGGAAUUAUAUGGAGAAGUUCUCGCCAUAUCAAACGAAUGGCACGAUGGACUACUCGGUGUUAUUAUACGUCACGCAUGCGCAUUCACCACGGAAGAUCAUCAAUGGGUCGUUUGUGACGGUCCUGUCGAUGCCGUAUGGAUUGAAAACAUGAAUACUGUUCUCGACGAUAAUAAGAUGCUUUGUCUAGCGAAUUCCGAACGAAUUAAAUUCACGCCUUACGUUCACAUGAUUUUCGAAGUUGCUGACCUAGCACAAGCUUCACCAGCCACUGUCAGUCGUUGCGGUAUGGUUUACCUCGAUCCUUCCGAGCUUAAGUGGCUACCGCGCGUUAAAAGUUGGCUACUAAUGCUCGCGGAAAAAUUGAAACCAGCCGUGCAAAGUGUAAUUUUAAAUCUUUUCGAAACCUACGUCGAGGAUGGAUUCAAAUUCAUCAAAAAAUAUUGCGACUCUGUCAUAGCACAGGUUGAAAUAAGUAAGGUCGACAUGCUGUGCGCCCUUCUGCAAAGUAUAAUUUUGGAGCAAGAGGUCCUCGAGAAAGUGAAGAAAGACUCGACGAAAAUGAAAACUUUCAUCACGCAAUCAUUUAUUUUUUCAUACUUGUGGUCACUUGGUGGAAAUAUUACGAAAAUCUCUCAAGCGGCUUUUGAAAUUUUUAUAAAAAAACAAUUUCUUAAAAAUAAUGACGCACAUAUAUCAGCCUCUGAUGAAUUGUGGAACAUUUAUAUGAAUACCCAUACACAGAAAUUAGAACCUUGGACAAAUCUAAUUGCACCUUUCGAAUAUAAACCUGAGCAACCGUUUUUCGACAUUCUAGUACCAACGAUUAAUACUGUCUGUUUUGGCUAUAUCAUGCAGAAGCUUAUCGAGGUCAAUAAACCUGUUCUUUUCACUGGAGACACUGGUGUUGGGAAAUCAGUUGUUACGAAAAUGGUAUUAAGUAAUUUGGAAAAAUCUGGUAAUUGGCUGUCGAUAGUCUUGAAUUUCUCUGCCCAAACAAGCAGUGGACGCACACAGGAAAUUCUCGAGCUCAAGCUCGAUAAAAAAAAGAAAACUGUGCUCGGCGCACCAAUAGGCAAACGAUUCUGUAUCUUUGUCGAUGACGUUAAUAUGCCGAAAUUAGAUACAUAUGGAUCUCAGCCGCCAAUUGAAUUACUUCGGCAAAUAUUAGACAGCGGAGGAUUUUACGACAAAGAAAAACUUUUUUGGAAGAAGAUUCAAGAUGUUGUCUUGAUAAGUGCCUGCGCUCCUCCAGGAGGUGGAAGGAAUCCUUUGACUACUCGAUUUGUCAGGCACUUUGGAAUGCUGGCCAUCCCACAGCCAACCAAUGAUUCUCUCAAAUCCAUAUUCAAAUCGAUUAUGCAAGGCUUUCUCAAAGAAUUUAACCAGCCUGUAAAGGACAUGGGAACCAACAUUAUAAAUGCUGCGGUUGAAUUGUACAGUAGAAUAGCUCAAGAUCUUUUGCCAACUCCAGAAAAAAGCCAUUACGUAUUUAAUUUACGAGAUCUCUCGAAAUGCAUCCAAGGAGUUUUGCAAGCUGAUUCUAAUGUUAUUGUAGAAGUUAAACAGAUGCUCAGAUUAUUCUACCACGAAUGCCUGCGAGUCUUUCACGAUCGACUGAUAAAUAUGCAAGACAAAAGCUACUUUUAUCAUCUUCUCUCGACCAUUUGCGUGGAGCUUUUCAACGACGAAGUCUUCCCACUAGUGCCAGAGGGGGAGGAAAUGACUGAAACGCCGCUUUUGAUGUUCGGCGACUUCCUUGUCGUCGAAGCCGAACGCAACGAUCGAGUGUACGAAGAGAUCGUCGACCUCAACAAGGCCAAGAACAUAUUCCAACAGUACCUCGACGACUAUAACGUGACCGCGUCCAAGGAGAUGAACUUGAUAUUCUUCAUAGACGCGAUCGAACACUUGUGUAGACUGGCACGAAUACUCAGGUCGGAACGAGGAAACGGACUUCUUGUUGGUGUUGGUGGCAUGGGCAAACAGAGUCUCACGAGGCUUGCAUCGCACAUGAAUAAUUACCGUUGUCAUCAAAUCGAAGUCAGUCGAAAUUACGAUAAGGCUACAUGGAACGAAGAUUUACGAAAAUUUUACUUGUACCCCGGGGCUUAUGCCGAGGCUGCGACUUUCCUCUUCACGGAUACACAAAUCGUACUCGAAGAAUUUCUCGAGGACAUCAACAACACUCUGAAUUCUGGAGAAAUACCAAAUUUGUUCGAGGCGGAAGAAUUGGAAAAGGCUAUAAUUUUAACUCGGCCAGCGGCUAAAGAUGCAGGCAUCGACGAGGCCAACAGGGAUGGAAUUUAUCAAUUUUUCAUCGGUCGCGUGAAAAAUCAUCUCCACCUGAUGCUGUGCAUGAGUCCAGUCGGUGACGCUUUUCGACGCCGUUGUCGCAUGUUUCCCUCAUUGGUGAAUUGCUGUACGAUCGAUUGGUUUUCCAAAUGGCCAAAGGAAGCUCUUCUUUCCGUAGCUGUUCGAGCAAUUGGUUCAGUCAUUAUAAAAGACGAUGAUAAAGUCAAUUCUCUAGCCUCGAUUUGCGUUCUAAUGCACGAGAGUGUGGAAGAAAUGACCGUGAGAUUUUAUGAGGAAAUGCGCCGCAGAUAUUAUACAACGCCGAGUAGUUAUCUCGAUUUAUUAAAGCUUUAUUUAAAUACACUUGCGAAAAAAUCCGAAAAGAUUGGAAAUAUGAGAACUCGCAUUGCUAAUGGGCUAAAUAAAAUAACGGAAACGCACGAAAUAGUUGCCACGAUGAAGGUACAAAUAAUUGCUUUAGGACCUCAAUUGAAAAUAAGUUCCGAGGAAGUGUCCAAGUUGAUGAAAAUUGUGGCGAAGGAGCAAAUUGAAUGCGACAAGGUUCGAACUAUUGUCGGCGCAGACGAAGCUAAUGCAAAGAAAAAAACUAACGAAACAGCGGCCUUGGAGGCAGAAGCUAGAAAAGAUUUGGAGGCCGCACUUCCAGCCUUACGAGAAGCUCAAAAUGCCCUAGCGUCUUUAAAUAAAAAUGACAUUAACGAAAUCAAAGUCUUCAAUAAGCCGCCUCAAUUAGUACGCUUUGUAAUGGAGGCAGUUUGCUUGCUACUACGCGAAAAAACGAAUUGGCAGACGGCUAAGCUUGUCCUCGGAGACGUUCACUUUCUCGAUCGCUUAAUAUCUUACCCGAAAGAAAAAAUAACUGACAAACUCUUGAAGAAACUUCAACAGUACGUAAAGAAUCGCAACUUCAAACCGGACAAAGUGGCGAAGCAAAGUAAAGUGUGCAAGUCAAUUUGCAUCUGGGUGUUGGCAAUCGAUGGCUACGCGAAACUUUACAGAAUCGUUCAGCCGAAACGUAAAAAAUUGAAAGAAGCGCAACUUGAAUUGGUCGCGAUCGAAGAAAUUCUUCAUAAAAAGCAAGAUGAAUUGGCCGACGUGGAAAAGCAGAUAAAACGUUUAGAAAAUAAAUAUAAUGCAGCGGUAAAACACUUGGGAAAUUUGGAAUACAAUAUUCUCCUGUGCGAGUCGCGACUCGGUAGAUCUGGAAGAUUAACAUCCGCUUUAGCUGACGAAGAGAUUCGAUGGAUCAAAGAAAUAAAAGAAUUCGACAAGCAGAUAGAGAACAUAGCGGGCGACACUCUGGUGGCGGCCGGAGGCCUCGCUUACCUCGGGGCAUUCACCAGCUUCUACCGAGAGAAGCUGCUGAGCAAGUGGCUGAAGCGCUGCCAGGAGCAGAACAUCAGCACGACGGAGAACUUCAGUCUCGUGUCGGUUCUCGCCGAUCCCUAUGAGAUUCGUAUGUGGAACACUUAUGGAUUACCGCGCGAUCUCGUUAGCACGGAAAACGCGAUCCUGGUGACGCAAGCCGAACGCUGGCCCCUCAUGAUCGAUCCCCAGGAGCAGGCAAAUCGAUGGAUACGAAAUAUGGAGCAGGACAAUCAAUUAAAAAUUUGUAAGAUAACCGACAGUAAUUUUAUGAGAUUAAUGGAGAUUUGUAUAAGAACCGGCGCGCCAAUAUUGCUUCAAGAAAUUGGAGAGACGUUAGAUCCUAGUUUGGAACCGAUAUUAUUAAAGCAACUUAUUAUCCAGGAUGGCAGAGCAAUUAUUCGAUUAGGUGAAAACGACGUUGAAUAUGAUACGAAUUUUCGAUUGUACAUUACAACGAAAAUGGGAAAUCCGCAUUACUUGCCGGAGAUCUGCAUAAAAGUGACGAUUGUGAAUUUCACGGUGACGCCAAGUGGCUUAGAGGAUCAACUAUUAGCGGAUGUAAUUCGACUGGAGAAACCGGAACUGGAGCAACUGCGAAACGAGCUUGUAGCGCAGAUCAACGCCGAUAAGAGCCUACUAAGGAGCAUCGAGAACAAGAUACUGAGCUCACUCUUCAGCUCGGAAGGUAAUAUCUUAGAUAACGAGGAGCUUAUCGAGAGUCUGAACGAGAGUAAGGAAACGUCCUCUAUAAUCGCGACGAGGCUAGAGGAGACGGAAACGACCGAGCAGGAGAUUUCGGAAGCCCGGGAGGAAUACAGGAGCGUUGCCAAUCGCGGCAGCGUAUUGUACUUCGUCGUCUCGAACUUGGGCAUAAUCGAUCCCAUGUAUCAAUUUUCUCUCAAAUAUUUAUUGCAGAUAAUAAACAAUGUAAUAGAAACGAGUGAACAAUCAUCCGAUUUGCAAACUCGUUUGCGAAUACUUUAUGACGAAAUAACAUUGUCGAUCUAUACGAACGUGUCGCGUGGAUUAUUUGAAAAGCACAAAAUUGUCUUUAGUUUUAUGACGAACAUAGCAAUACUGCUUAACGACAAUAUAAUCAGUAUUUCACAAUGGAAUUUCCUUCUGCGCGGACCUGACCAAAUAAAAAUCGAGAAAAAACCGGAUUAUUCAACCCUUACUGAUUCAAUGUGGAAUUCGGCAAAUUAUCUGUCACACAAAUUCAAGAACUUUGAACAUCUUAAGAAGGACAUGUUUAAAAUCAUCACAGUGACAAUCGAAGAAUAUAAAGAAAUCAUUAAUGUUUUACCUGAUAAUAAAGAGAAGGUCCAACAUAAUUGGGAUGAGAUUUUAACGGACAUUGAAAAGUUAAUGCUACUUAAAGCUCUGAAAGAAGAGAAAUUGAUCUUUGGAAUAACGGCGUAUGUGAAAAAAAAUCUUGGCCAAAAAUUUGUUGAAUCUCCAAUAAUAUCAUUACAAGAUUUGUACACGGAUACAUCAAAAAUUACUCCUUUAGUUUUUGUUUUGAGCACAGGCUCGGAUCCUUUCAGCGGCUUUUUAAAAUUUGCCCGCGACAUGGAGUUUACGGAAAAAUACCAGUCGAUAUCUCUAGGUCAAGGUCAGGGUCCUAUAGCCGAGGCUCUCAUAAAAAGGGGCUGCCAAUUAGGCGAGUGGAUCUUCUUGCAGAACUGUCAUCUUGCGACCUCCUGGAUGCUCUCCCUCGAGUCUCUGGUAAUCUGGAUAAUUGAGAAUCCGGACAAGGUUCACGAUGAUUUCCGAUUGUAUUUAAGCUCGAUGCCAAAUCCUGGAUUCCCCGUGUCGGUGCUUCAAAAUUCCGUGAAAGUCACCAAUGAGCCGCCAAAAGGACUCAAAGCCAAUGUCAAUAGAGCCUUUUACGAGCUCCAGGAUGAAUUCUUCGAGGAAAAUGAAUUGGGAAAUAAUUGGCGCCGAAUGAUCUUUGGGGUCUGCUUCUUCCAUGCUAUCAUACAAGAGCGAAAAAAGUUUGGCCCACUAGGGUGGAAUAUUAUUUACGAAUUCAGUGACAAUGACAGAGAAUGCUGUUUAUUAAAUAUGAAAAUGUUUUGUCUACGUGACCUGAUACCGUGGGAUGCUUUAAUUUACACAACUGGUGAAAUUACCUACGGCGGAAGAAUAACGGAUAAUUGGGAUUUGCGCUGCUUGAAAACGAUUUUGGAUAAAUUUUUAUCUUCGAAAACUCUCGACAAAGAUUAUCUUUAUUCUCCAUCUGGAACAUAUUAUGCACCAAGUUACGCAACGAUCGAGGAAUAUCGCACAUUCAUUAGCAAAUUUCCAUUAAUAGAGGAUCCAGAAAUAUUCGGCAUGCACGAAAAUGCCAACACUGCUUUCCAGUUAAAGGAAUCAAAAUUGAUAAUCGAAGCCAUUACGGAGGUCCAGCCCAAAAUAGGUAUGAGCAAGGAAGGUAAAUCAGAUUCGGAAAUCGCUUACAGCUUGUCCGAAUCAAUUAUAGAGAAAAUUGCUCUUCAAAUAGACAUCGACACUUGCCAUCCUGAUCACCUCAAAAAAGACAAAACAGGUCGAUUGCCGUCUUUAACAGUUGUCUUGAUACAUGAAGUUGAAAGGUAUAAUCUUCUAUUGAAACAAAUUCACAUAUCGAUGGAAAAUUUGCAAAAGGCUAUUAAAGGAUUUGUUGUCAUGUCCGAAGAGCUUGAAAAUGUUUUCAGAUCUCUCGUUACUAAUCAAGUACCCGAAAUAUGGCAUAAAGUGAAUGUUUAUCCAUCCUUGAAAACUUUAGAAAGUUAUAUUAAAGAUUUAGAACUUAGAAUUGACUUUAUAAAGAUCUGGUUAACCGAGAAGAAGCCAAUUUCAUUUUGGAUAUCCGGCCUCUCUUUCCCACAAGGAUUCAUCACCGGCAUGUUACAAACACACGCUCGGAAAUAUAAUAUUCCAAUUGACCAUUUGAAGUUGGAUUUUAAAAUCACCAAUGUGUUCUUAAAUCAAGAAGAUAUUGAAAUUGUGCACAAGACGGAGAAAAAAGAUCCGGCUUAUGUAUACCAGAGCCUGCAGGCACCGGAAGACGGAGUACUUAUUCAUGGAUUGUUCAUCGACGCCGGCAAGUGGGACAGUAAGACGCAAGUCCUCGUAGACGCGAGCAAAGGCGAAAUGAAUCCUCCUCUGCCCGUCGUGCUAAUUAUUCCAGUGCUGAGUUUGCCAGCCAAUGACACAAGAUACGUUAGUCCUUUGUACAAAACGAGCGUUCGAGCUGGAGUUCUGUCGACCACUGGGCACAGUACCAACUUUGUAAUGUCCAUCUUGCUUCCGGCAUCGCAUCCCCAGCCCUAUUGGAUUCUCAAAGGGACGGCUCUACUCAUUCAAAUUACAAAUUGAACGUUCA